AUGGAGAUCAUUACUAUCCGUCUACAUUUAAAACAAAAAUAUGAAUGGAGAGAGACAAAAGGAGAGGAGUCUAUUGGUGGAAGUAAAAAAGAAAGCUGGCUGUCAGCACAAGAGGCCAUUUGCCUGGGAACUGAGCCUCAAGAGCUGAAUAAUUCAUCAGACCAGGCACCUUCUAUGCCUACCAACUUGGAAAUGUUUUCCAUGGUGACAAGGCGAACAGUAGCUCAACAGAAGGAAACUUUGUAUAAGAUUUCAGAACAGCAAAAAGGAAUGGGAAUGAGAAAGAAGGUGCCAGAAGAAAAUGACUAUUUACCAUGGAUACCAAUCAGGUGGAUUGUGAACAUAAAUCCCACAUCCCUCCAGGCUUUCGAUUGCAAUUGUACAACUGUUACAUUUCAGAAGAGGGAAAAGAAAGAAGAUGAAUUGUCGAGCCAGAACUGGAAAGUAGAGUUCCUCGGCACCGAAGUUGCUGUACAGAAACCACGCAAAUGUGAUCAUGUCACGCGUCUCCUUAAUGCCUGGAGAGUUAACCUAGAGAUAGACGACGUCAUGCUUGAGAUCGGACCUUCAAGACUAACCGUUGGUGACCUAUGGACACUUCUUCCUCCGCUUGAGGCCGAGCAAUGCUCCUUGGUGACGAGCUCUAUAAGGAACUUUGUCGGGGGUUGGCUCGUAGACAAGGUUGUGGAAGCUGUGCUAUGGAAAUUCACCCUACAGUAUGACGGCCUGUUUUGCGCAGACAGCACUUUGGCUGAAAUUGUUGAAAAAGGUCUUAGUACGAGUUCGCUGUGGUCAGGAGAAAGCUUCUCAAAUAUUACCAGGAUAUUUGUUCCGAUCAUGGCACGUAGAAUUCACUGGACUCUGUUGGUCUUGGACAAAUCAAAAGCGGCCAGGUACUACUUUGACCCUUUGGCGGGAGAUUUUCAACGAGAAAUUAGUCCUUUAACAGAUCCUCCUCUCGCAUCACGCAUAAAUAAGAUAAGGUAAGACCAAGU